AACUUUGAUUCUAUAAUCUUUAGGUGGAACAUUGAUGUUAUAGAUCAACUUCCAGAGUAUAUGAAAUUGGUUUAUCAGGCAUUGUUAAAUGUCUAUAGUGAGAUGGAGGCAAAGGUUGCAAAAGAAGGAAGAUCAUAUGCUAUAGAUUAUGCAAAAGAGUCGAUGAAAAAAAUAAUGAAAGCUUACCUUGAUGAAGCCAAGUGGCGCCAAGAGGACUAUGUUCCACUUAUAGAGGAGUAUAUGCAGGUUGCCCUCAUUUCCUCUGGUUAUCCAAUGCUCAUAACAAAUUCCUAUGUUGGCAUGGGAGAAGUUGCAACCAAGGAGGCCUUUCAUUGGAUCUCUAAUAACCCUAAAAUACUUAAAGCUUCCACAACUAUCUGUAGACUCAUGGAUGAUAUUUCCUCACAUGAGUUUGAGCAAACACGAGAUCAUGUGGCAUCAAGUGUUGAAUGCUAUAUGAAGCAAUAUGGUGUUUCAAGGGAAGAGACCGUGAAGUUGUUUCGGGAAGAUGUUGCAAAUGCUUGGAAAGAUAUUAAUGAAGGAUUCAUGAAGCCAGCAAUCUUUCCUAUGCCUAUACUCACUGUGGUUCUAAAUUUUGUUCGUGUGAUAGAUUUCCUAUAUAAGGACGGUGACAACUAUACAAACUCUCACAGUUUGAAGGCCCAUAUUGAAUUGUUGCUGGUGGAUCCUGUUAUUCUGUGAAGGAGUAUUGAUUCCUAGAACUCCAUUUAAAUAAUUCUAUGGCCUGUCAUAUAGCUGGAAGGUAAAUGUGUGGGAUUGUUUUAUAUUUUGUUUUGUAAUGUAUGGGACAGUUCGUAAUAUGUUUCGUUUAUUAAAAGUUUGCUAAUUAAUAAAAAUGCCUUAAUGAA